AUGAGCACUAUCAAGAAUAUCAUCGUAAUCGGGGCUGGCCCAGCUGGAAUAGCAGCAGCACUGCUCCUACGACGAAACCAUAACAUAUCAUGCACAGUUUACGAAGUCCGCCCAGGACCAAGCACUCUGGGUGGUGCCAUCGGCAUUCCCUCCAAUGGACUUCGCCUGCUCGACCGCCUCGGGCUGUACGACCAGGUCGCAGCCAAGGGCGCCGAUACAUCGAGUCUCUUCCUUCACUCGCUGAAGGGUGGCGAAAUAGGGAGGAUGGAUAUGGCGUCGAGCGAGCAGACGGGAUUCGGCUACCUGCGGAUCAGGAGGACCGACCUCAUGGAGGUGCUCUUACGCGCCGCGGACGCCGCAGACAUUCCCAUCCACUACGGCAAAAGAAUCACUGAAAUAGUAGAGCACAACGAACGAGUCACUGCGCUAUUCUCCGAUAAGACGUCCGAGACGGCCGACUUCCUGCUGGGGUGCGACGGCAUCCACUCUUCUGUCCGGCAACUAUACGUUGACCCGGAAUGUCAGCCUCAGUACACGGGUAUUUCGAAUGUGUUUUCUCUAGUUCCCAACGUGAAGUUAUCACCGGCAGCAGCUUCCAUCACGGGCCUCAACGCAACAAUGACGACUGACGGCUUACUUGCCGUCACCCCCACCACCCCGAAUCGCGACCUGAUGUACUGGUUCUUCUCGCGGGAGGUCCCACUGCCUGAAUUUCCAGACAUCCGCGACGGGUGGGAGGAACGGGGUAAGAAGGAAGUAGAAGGCUUCAAGUCUACCCUGCUGGAUAUCCUAGGAGACUCGGACACAGAAUGGGCAAAGACAUUACGCGGCAUGAUAAAUGUGACCGACGUCGUCAAGUUCUACCCAAUUUACAAGAUGCCGACGGGUAGACCGUGGUCAAGGGGCCGGUGUCUCCUUAUCGGCGACUCCGCGCAUGCCAUGCCUCCGCACGCAAGCCAGGGCGUUUCGAUGGCGCUGGAGGAUGUCUUCCUGUUCUCGAAGCUCCUCGGUAGCGGGUGCUUCUCUCUCGAUUUCGGGUUACGACAGUAUGAGCUCAAGCGCAAGGCGAGAACUGCGCAAGUAUUGAGUGCCACGGAGCGUAAUGGACAGGUGCGCAAGAAGAAGGGCGCAUUGCAUCUCCGGCUGAGUGAGAUGGCUCUGUCUGGCGGACUAAAGGUGUACCAUGCGGCUGGUCUGAAACGACUAGAUUCGAAGCAGAAGCUUCUGGCGUAUGAUGUUGAAGAAGAGGCAUUCAUCACGGAGGGAGUGGCGGCAUCGGUCGAGAAAGAACUGGACAGCUUGGCUUAG